ACCUCAACAAGACCUACUCCAAAUUCCUGCUCCUAGCGGGACACUGUUAACGAGACUUUAUUGUGAUAAUAACUUUCCGUUACUUCACACGACAUACUCUGAAAGCUAGUUGACAGUGUCUCAUGGUCAGUGGCAGUGUUAGUUUAAAAAAAACUUCAACACUGGCUGAAAAUAAAACAAAUUUUUUUUUAAAGUAAAUUCGAAUUUCGAACAUGAAUUUAAAUCUUAGUUUAGUUUUCUUUGUGUGUGGUUUAAUGGAAUUGGGCAGGGCCGGAGUCAGCGAUUCUGCUUCGAGAGUGCUGUCUAGAAAACGGCGGUAUGUUACGUUCCCUGAAGGCUCCAGUUUCUCGUGCGCCGGUUGUAUGACAGUCGGUAUGAUCGGCCAACCGGCCCCGACCACAACUCCAGGGACCUUCAACUUCGGGCUCAACUGGGGCAUCGCCUACGAGCUGCCCAACGCCACGGAGACCCUGGCGGCGUACCACAGGAAGUACAGGCUGGGCAAGCCGGCGGCGCAGAGGAGGAGUAGGAGAGACUUGUAUGAGAAGCUGGAAGCUAUUCUCGAUAAUAUGGGGUACAGUGGCCGGCAGUGUAUCUUGAAAACCCUGUGUGAGACUACGCAGCGUAUUGUUCCGCAUGGUCAGAACAUGGUGGAAGAGAUGUUCCGGACUCUUUUUACACUACCAAUGUCAAAAGUCUUAUCCGAAGAGCCAAUCGAGCACGCCAUCUACGACUCGGCACACCGCCUGGGCGUCCUUCUGGAGAACUGCGACAUGUACACGUGUCCUCUCUCGCUGGUAGACUUGGCCCAGGGCUAUUAUAGUACACCACCGUCUAAUGUCGACCCGGCGAGUCCGUGGGCCGCGUUCAAUAGUAACUUUGGUUAAACAGGAUUUAUAAGCUUUGUAACGCGCGCGCCUCUACUAGGUACGGUUUUAAGCUGGAUCCUAUAUCUAAAUUGUGGUGGUUCAAAGUGUAAAAUAAUUAUGUAUUGUAAGCACAUAUUAA